AUGAAGGGCGGCGCGCGGACCGCCGCCUGGUACCUCAGAGCCGGGCGCAGAGCCCAGACUAGAAACGCCCUGAAAUGGCGUCGUUUUUACACGCGCACGUUCGUGAGCCCGGAGGCGGCUCGUGACAGCGAGUGUUUGUUACAGGCGCUGAGGGAGCGCGGCUGCAGGAGCGACGAGGACUUUCAAGCAGUGCUGGGAGAGGUCGAGGCAGAAGUGCAGAGAAGAAAACAGUUAAUUCAUCAGUCAGCGGAACGGAAAGCCAUCAUUUCACAGUGUUACAAACCAAAGCACCCAGAAGUGUAUGUUCUGCAGGAUUCAUUCCUGGCCCCAGAGUUUCUAGAAAUCGUGAGCUACUGCACAUCACCAGAUGCUCAUCUCGAAGGCCUCCUGCGCUACACUGAGUCCUUCUCAGAUAAGAGGAUCUAUCGACUGCCAGUGUUCACAGAGGAGUUCUGCCAAGCCUUCGUUGAUGAGCUGGAGAACUUUGAGCAGUCAGAGAUGCCUAAAGGCAGGCCCAACACUAUGAAUAACUAUGGGGUUUUGCUAAAUGAGCUUGGGAUGGAUGAAACUUUCAUCACACCCCUGCGUGAAAAAUACCUGCGGCCCAUAACGGCACUGCUUUAUCCUGACUUGGGGGGUGCCUGUCUGGACAGCCACAAAGCGUUUGUGGUCAAGUACUCACUACAUGAAGAUCUGGAUUUGAGCUCUCACUAUGACAAUGCAGAAGUCACUUUAAAUGUUUCACUGGGAAAAGACUUCACAGAAGGCAACUUGUACUUUGGGGAAUUCCGCCAGGAUCCCACCCCUGUGCCAAAGUACAUAGAGAUCGAACACGUGGGAACCGAGGGGCUGUUACACCGAGGAGGACACAUCCACGGGGCACUUCCCAUUGCCUCCGGGGAACGCUGGAACCUCAUUAUUUGGAUGAGAUCAUCUGCCAUCCGCAACCAGCUUUGUCCCAUGUGCAACAAGAAACCCGACCUGGUGGAAGCAGAGGGGUUUGGAGAUGGGUUCACAGACACCCUUGAAGAUGAUAUGCCUGAGACUGUGAAUCUCUGUUCUUUGUGGUAGCAGAUGGUAGGGCAUGAUUUCUUAAGACUGAACUGGCUAAAGUUGCUUUCUGACCUCUCAGACCACGUGAAGGGACUCUCUGAUGGAUGCAUCAGCCAUGUAACAAGUAGCUGUCACCUGGAAAAACAACACAACAACCAAUCCCGCUGGGGUUAGGGAAGCCAGCUGCUUGGCAGGUGAAGAGCUCGUACUUGGGCUAGCCUGGGCUCGCACUCAGCCUUGGGCACUGGAGGAAUGUUUGGAAGAUGUAAAAAACCUUAGCGCUUUGAUUCACUGCAGAGGUUGUGUAAAUACAUUCAGGUAUGCAAGAAAGACCAAAGCUGCUUGGCCUUUGUGAAGACCUCUGUGCCAAGAGCAGCAUUGUGGGUCCCCCUGUAAAUGGAAAAGAAUCAUACAAUAAAGUUCUACACUUAC